AUGCUGCUGGUGCUGGUGGUGCUGAUCCCCGUGCUGGUGAGCUCGGGCGGUCCGGACGGCCACUAUGAGAUGCUGGGCACCUGCCGCAUGGUGUGCGACCCGUACCCCGCGAGGGGCCCCGGCGCCGGCGCGCGACCCGACGGUGGCGACGCCCUGAGCGAGCAGAGCGGCGCGCCUCCGCCCUCCACGCUGGUGCAGGGCCCCCAGGGGAAACCGGGUCGCCCCGGCAAGCCAGGACCCCCUGGGCCUCCCGGGGACCCAGGCCCUCCUGGUCCUGUAGGGCCUCCCGGGGAAAGAGGUGAACCAGGCAAGCCAGGCCUCCCCGGGCUGCCCGGCACGGGGGGCAGCGGCGCCAUCAGCACAGCCACCUACACCACGGUGCCGCGUGUGGCCUUCUACGCCGGCCUCAAGAAUCCUCAUGAGGGUUACGAAGUGCUCAAGUUUGACGAUGUGGUCACCAACCUAGGCAACAACUACGAUGCGGCCAGCGGCAAGUUUACUUGCAACAUUCCCGGCACCUACUUUUUCACCUACCACGUCCUCAUGCGCGGCGGCGACGGCACCAGCAUGUGGGCAGACCUCUGCAAGAACGGCCAGGUGCGGGCUAGCGCCAUCGCCCAGGACGCUGACCAGAACUACGACUACGCCAGCAACAGCGUGAUCCUGCACCUGGACGUGGGCGACGAGGUCUUCAUCAAGCUCGACGGCGGCAAAGCGCACGGUGGCAACAGCAACAAAUACAGCACCUUCUCUGGCUUCAUUAUCUACUCCGACUGAGCCUCUGCGCCUCCCUGCCUCACCCUGCCACGCCCCGGCCCGCUCUUAUCACCGCGGGACCUCUGCUAGGCGCUCUGACCCGCCGGCUCACUUCGCCGCGGAGCCGGGUCCGCAGGACGCGGGGCUAACCGCCCCGGCCUCGGCCCGACCCCGGCCCACCCGCUAGCCCUCCUGUCCGCGCUGUAUACCUGUACAAUAGGACUGUUACGGCUCGCCCCCGCCUGCCAUCCCAACCGCCUGGGGAGAGGUCGCGGCAGAGUUGUUCCUGUGCCCUCAGAUGGAGCUGCCCUCCGGCUCUCGGGGGUUGC